AUGUCUAUUACCCGACGCUCAGACGAAGAGUUGGACAGGGAAUGGAAGCCCAGCGGACGCCGACCGCAAUCCACCAUGGCUCGCCAUUUUUCCAUCACUCUAGACGAUUUAUUCAAGAUGGACAACAGCAUCGCAGACCUCGAUGCUGCAGUUGACCAAAAGAAGAGACUCGUCUCAACACACACGUCCGAACUCAAAGCCCUCGAGGAAGCACUCCGCGAGACCGAAGAGCGCCUUAAGGCCACCUCCGCCCUCCCCGACCGUGCCCCAAGCCCUCGCUCUCGCAAGGCUAUCAGCGGCGACACCUUCGACAACCCUCAAGACGACAAGACCCUGAACGCCCCCAGCUUCGCCGAGAGGCCCAAGACAGCCAGCCGCCCCGGCACGGCCAGAAAGCCCAUCCCAUCCCCCACCCAGAACACAAACCUACCACCGAUGCCUGGCGCACGACCACCCACCCCCGGCGCGAGCGAGAGCGAGAGCGACGAGAGCAAGGAAUAA